UUUUUAUUGCUUAAAAUAGCUAUAAGAACUGAAGCCCAAACAUAUAAUGUAUGGCCCGAAAGAAGGAACAUACCGGAGAAUCAAACAUUAUGACCAUUAUACCCUUGUAUGAACCUGCUAUUUUACCUUUGUUGCCAGCCUUAAACCUUUCCCUUUACCGUCCGCCUCGCUCCCUCUCGUCACUCACUGAUCUGAUUCUUCCGCAACGAAUCUGUUUUUUUUUUUGUUUCUCCAUCAACAACUCAAAUGGCGGCAGCUUUUGCUUCCAGACUAUCUCGUGGUCGUUCAUUGCUUGGUGGUCUUAAGAAUGAUUUAUCCGGAUUAAUGAAUACCUCCUAUGGAAUGAUGAAUGAAGCUAGCCUCUCUCAGCAACAGAGAAGGACAUUCAUUCAAAUGGGGACGGUUCUCAAAGUCGUGGACAACUCGGGAGCCAAGAAAGUGAUGUGUAUUCAAGCGCUAAAAGGUAAGAAAGGAGCUAGGCUUGGGGAUACGAUAGUUGCUUCGGUGAAAGAAGCUAUGCCAAACGGUAAAGUGAAGAAAGGAGCGGUUGUGUAUGGCGUGGUUGUGCGAGCUGCGAUGCAGAGAGGUCGUGUUGAUGGAAGCGAAGUUAGGUUUGAUGAUAACGCCGUUGUUCUUGUUGAUAACAAAGACAAGAAGACUAAAACUGAUCGCCAGCCGAUUGGUACCCGAGUGUUUGGUCCUGUUCCUCAUGAGCUUCGUAAGAAGAAGCAUCUCAAGAUUCUUGCUUUGGCUCAACACAUUGCUUGAGACAACAACAUCAAGUCCUAAAACCAACGUAGUGUCUUUCUUUUUAUGUUCUUCUGUAAACUCUCUUCAGUAAUUUUUUCUUUUGGUUGAGUCUUCGUUAAGCUUACGAGGCACAAUUUUUUUUUUGUUCUAAUGAAUUUAUAGGUUCAUAAACUAUAAAACUCUCAAAUAAAAGUUAGAAAUAGUUCAGCUCGGGCUUGAUUAAA